AUGGCGCCCGGUCAAAAGGCGUACCCUCGCGGUACGGUCAAGAAGAUUGUCAAGGCCCAUUCUAAUUGCAAUCUCAGCAAGAAUGUGGACGUCAUGGUCUACCUCGACUAUGUCCUCUUCAUGCAGACGCUUGUCAAAGAAGCGGCAAUCGAGUCCAAGAAGGCUGGGGAGAGAGGAAUUACAGCUAGAAGAUACUUUGAUCAAGUUCAAGGGCUGAACUGCCAACCUACCGAUCGCAAACCGCUCGACCCGACCCUGUGCCAGAUAACGCUACUCUUGACGGAGAAGGCGCUCCUUACCUACCUACCAGCACAAUUCUGUCAGAGCCUGCUGGCGAAUGAAAGGGUGGCAGUUCAACAGGCCCAGUAUCAUAUCUUGGGCAAGUACUGGUUGACGGAGCUAUGGACACCAACGAUUAUGAUACUGCUUAGGAUGAUGGAGGGACCUGGCUCCGCUGGUUAA